AAAGCAUAAUUCUCCUUGUUGUUUUUCCAAAGCGAAAAUUAACUUUAAAAAAAGAGUAAAGAAAGUGGUGUUGGUUGCGCAAAUGGAAUUGAGGAGCGAGACUUACCUCUGUUGGUGAUUUCCAUGGACGGACAUCGUAAACAGCAGGUAUCGUUGAGAGGAGCAAGUGAGAAGGAGAUUACGAGAGACGACCUUCUUCAGAAGGUCUCUCGCGAAAGAGAGCUUCGCAAUUAUGCCAAACGAGCUGCUGCUGCUGCUCUCUUCAUUCAGAGAGUAUGGAGGUGCUUCAAGGUCACAAAGAUGGUUGCUCUGCAGCUUCAGCAGGAGUGGGAGAUAGUGGUGAAUCAUUAUACUGGUGUGAUGACAGCAUGUUGGAUUUCAAACAACUUGUUGAGACCAUUUCUGUUCUUUAUCACACGUAUCACUACUCAGCAUCAGAAGGUCCACAUCAAGAAAAUAGACUCUAUGAGGCUGUGCUUUACAAUCCUACUGGAAAGCAUGAAAUCAUCUGAUUCAAGGCAGAACUUUUGCUCUCUGGCAAUUGGUACAACUGAAGAAAGAAGAAUAUGGAGUUACCAGGCACAGCAGCUGACUUCUCUUAGUUUCUUCAUUCUUUCAGAGUUUUGUGAAUGCAAUUCAGGGGCUCAAGAUAUUAUUAUUAUUACGUCCCUAGCAAUGCGUGUUCUUGUUAUGUUAACUGAUCUGAAAGGAUGGAAAGGCAUUACAGAUGACAAUCACUUAGAUGCAGAUUUAGCAGUGGAAGGUUUAAUUCAGUUCAUGGGGGGUACUAAUAGUGGUUGUUAUGUGUCUAUUGCCAGAUAUAUUAGUGCAUUGGAUAAUUAUUCUUCUCAGUCAAAAGUUAUAACCCAGGCAGAUGAAAAAUUUUUCAUUACUGCAAGUGCAAUAACUUUAGCUGUGCGGCCAUUUUAUCUGACAAACUGUGAUGUAAAAGGCCCUGGUAUGCUGGAUGUCAACCAUGCUGCUAAGCAGUAUAUUGUUUAUCUGCUGACCAUACCUUGGCUUGUGCAGCAUCUCCCAUCUGUUCUUCUACCUGCUUUAAAGCACAAAUCUAUUUUGUUUCCAUGCUUCCAGACUCUAUUGAUUUUGAAAGAGAACAUUUUAACAGAGAUGUCAGAGUUGGUCAAAUCAGAGAAUUUUGACUCUUUCAAGGUGAUUCCACCAGUUGGUUGGGCCCUCACUAACACUAUAUGCUUAGCAACAGGGAAUGAGAAUGAAUCCUUCAAUCAAGGUUUAGACUAUGCAUUAUAUGUCCACGUUGUUAUUACUCUAGCAGAGGGCCUACUGGCUUGUCUUGAUAAUGUUGGAAGGGUCAGAAAGAAAAAGAAAGCCUUUCAAACUGAUGUUGAAAGUUCAACACAGCCAGUUGAUAUGGUUCUGCAGGAGGGUGAAUCAACCAAUGAGUCCUUAAUAAUAUCAUACAUGGACCAGUUUAGGCCUGUUUGUCAGCAGUGGCAUCUCACAAAUCUUUUGACAUCAAUAGAUAGAGAUGCCUCUAACAAGGCUGGGACUUUGGUCUCAAAUAGUCUGGAAUGUUUGGGGAAGCUAGAUUUGUGUGAUGUUGCACUUUUUUAUUCUCAGUUAUUUAGAAUAUUUUCAGCCUUGAGUCCAAUUCGUGGCUCAUUACCAGUUCUCAACAUGCUAUCAUUCACUCCUGGAUUUCUUGUGCGAUUGUGGGGUGUACUGGAGGAUUCCUUUUUUUCUGGAGACAAACAUAAUGCUGAUAAUCACAUGAGUGAAAACAGAAAACAUAAAGCAUUUGAGAAGAUGCAAAAACACACGAGUAAAGAUGGGGCUAAUAAGUGGGUCACUGUACUUCAUAAAUUUACAGGUAAGUCACAAGCAGGUACAGAUUGCACAGAUUCUACUAGCAGUCACUCUGAGCCCAGCAGAGUGAAUGAGGAUUUGUCAGAUUUAUGGGACAUAGAACCUAUGAGGCAUGGCCCGCAAGGCAUUCCAAGGGAUAUAUUUUCUGUGCUUCAUCUUUUCUGUGCAACCUAUUCUCACCUGCUUUUAGUUCUUGAUGACAUAGAAUUUUAUGAGAAACAGGUUCCAUUCAGAUUAGAGCAGCAACGAAGAAUUGCAUCAAUGCUCAAUACCCUAGUUUAUAAUGGCUUGUCCCAUGUUAGUUGUCAUCAUAAUAGGCCUCUCAUGGAUUGUGCUGUUAGAUGCUUACAUUUACUGUAUGAAAGGGAUUGUAGACACCCAUUUUGUCCUCCUGAUUUGUGGCUUUCUCCUGCUAACAAAAGCCGCCCACCAAUAGCAGUUGCUGCCAGAACUCAUGAAGUUUUAUCAGCCAACCUGAGAUCUGAUGAUUCACCAGCUUCACUGAGUGUCGGUUCUGUAGUUACCAUUGCUCCUCAUGUUUUCCCUUUUGAAGAGAGAGUUGAGAUGUUUCGUGAAUUCAUCAAGAUGGAUAAAGCAUCCCGAAAAAUGGCUGGUGAAAUUUCUGAACCUGGUUCACGUGCUGUUGAGAUAGUAAUACGUCGAGGUCAUAUUGUUGAAGAUGGAUUUCAGCAAUUAAAUUCCCUUGGGUCAAGGUUGAAGUCAUCAAUUCAUGUAUCAUUUGUCAGUGAAUGUGGCCUUUUGGAGGCUGGCCUGGACUAUGGUGGAUUAUCUAAAGAGUUUUUAACUGACAUAUCAAAAGCAGCAUUUGCUCCUGAAUAUGGACUCUUUACCCAAACCUCAACAUCAGACAGGCUUCUAAUUCCAACAGCAUCUGCCAGAUAUUUGGAGAAUGGUCUUCAGAUGAUUGAGUUCCUUGGAAGAGUAGUGGGCAAAGCUCUAUAUGAAGGAAUAUUACUAGAUUACUCUUUCUCUCAUGUUUUUGUACAAAAGCUAUUGGGACGAUAUAGCUUUCUUGAUGAAUUAUCAACACUUGAUCCAGAGCUAUACAGGAAUCUUAUGUAUGUCAAGAAUUAUGAUGGUGAUGUCAAGGAGCUCUCUCUUGAUUUCACAGUUACUGAAGAAUCAUUGGGCAAAAGGUAUGUGAUUGAGCUCAAGUCUGGUGGCAAAGAUAUUUCUGUGACAAAUGAGAACAAGAUGCAGUACAUACAUGCAAUGGCAGACUACAAACUCAAUCAACAGAUAUUGCCGUUUUCAAAUGCAUUUUAUAGAGGGUUAACUGAUCUUAUAUCACCAUCCUGGUUAAAGUUAUUCAAUGCUAGUGAGUUUAAUCAGUUGCUUUCAGGUGGCAAUUAUGAUAUUGACAUUGAUGAUUUGAAAAAUAACACACGAUACACUGGUGGUUACAAUGAGGGAAGCCGGACAAUCAAGAUCUUUUGGGAGGUAAUUAAAGGUUUUGAACCAAAAGAGCGCUGUAUGCUUCUUAAAUUUGUCACCAGUUGUUCUCGUGCUCCAUUACUUGGGUUCAAAUACUUGCAGCCACCUUUUACCAUCCACAAGGUUGCAUGUGAUGUCCCUCUUUGGGCAACAAUUGGAGGACAAGAUGUUGAUCGACUUCCAUCAGCUUCAACCUGCUACAAUACUCUCAAGCUUCCAACAUACAAACGUCCAGGCACUUUGAGAACAAAGCUUUUAUAUGCUAUCAGUUCAAAUGCUGGAUUUGAACUUUCUUGAUUUGCUUCAGGAGGUCAGUGUUUUUAUGAUGUAUCUUAUAAUGAAGGUAGUGUCUACUUUGAUAAAUCGAACUCUACAAGAUUCAGUCUUGUUUCAGUGCUACUGUUCACCUGUCCUCUGUUUGCUAGUUUUUUUGCUCGUUCCCUUUUCGGUGUUAAGGAUAUGAAUAAAGUUCUUAUGCCUUAAUUUUGUUCAACCACAAAGCCAUUGGAAGCAUUAAGGUAAUAUUGACGUCAAACAAGUUUCUGACGGGAUUAGCAUUUCAUUUUAGAGCGCAAGUUAGAAACAAGCCCACUAAGAGAGAUUUGUUUCUAGAAUAACGUCAUUUCAAUUUGGAUUUCCGAUUAGAGCUCAUAGGUGUGUGAGUUUGAAAAUCAUGCACACGUUGGUGUGAGAUUUAACAGAUAUUUAAAUGUUGCAAUUGGUCUAUAGCCAAUCACAUGCAAUUUUUUGCAGUUUUGAUCAGCAGUCAAAGAAUCUGAGAGCUGUCUAUUUGUUCGUGCGACUUGGUGGUCAUAUCCCAAAGAAGCUAGAGUAUAUCAAUUACCAGUACCACAAGUUUAGAUCACCGAGUUCGUUCUGCAAAUUCUCAGACUUGCUGUUGAAGUUUUUGUUAAAGAAAAUAGCAUUCUGAUAUAGUCUGGGAAGAUAUUGGUUGCUUCUAGAGCUAAACAGAGUAAUUAUUGCGCCCAAAUAGCCAAUUAGUGUCAUGGUUGUUACUUCAAUCCUCCUCCAUUAUCCCGUGCAUGGAGAUUCUGUUGUAUGUUCAUAUCGGGCACAACGUUGUUAUAUUGAUUAUUUGAAGCAUAUGUGUAAAUGCAAAUAAUUAUCAUCACGCAAUCAAAAUGCAUGGUUCACAGGUUUUUCACGACUGGAAUGGCAUACAUUACUCGGGUUGAAUUCAUCUUUUGUGUCUAAAAGCAGGUUAUUAUUCUCCAUUCGGACAUUACACGGAAACGGGUAUUUUUCCUUUACAUUAUGCUUAGCUGAAACGAAACGACCGUGUUCUAUGAUGGG